AUGGAAAAUGUGGACGGCGUCAAACACGGAACUCGAUGUGCCGGUCAAAUUGCUGCCCAAGGGAACAACUCCGUGUGUAUUGUAGGCAUCGCGUACAAUGCUCGAAUUGGCGGCAUUCGAAUGCUUGACGGUUCCAUCACCGAUCGGAUUGAGGCGCAGACACUGAGCUUUCGCCGGGAUCACAUUGACAUAUAUUCCGGUAGUUGGGGUCCAGAAGACACCGGGAAAGUGUACGAGGGUCCCGGGGUACUCGCCCAGUCCGCAUUCCAACGUGGUGUGAUAACGGGCCGUAAUGGUCUGGGUAACAUUUACGUAUGGGCCUCGGGAAACGGUGGCUCUUCGGGCGAUUCGUGUGCCGCAGACGGCUACGCAAGCAGUCCAUUCACACUGUCCGUAAGCGGUGUGGGCGAGCACAAUCGACGCCCAUGGUAUCUGGAACAGUGCGCUUCCACCCUCGCGACAACCUACAGCAGCGAGUUUCUGAGUAAUGACCGCGAGAUUCACAUUCAGGAACGCCGUGUCGGACGUUGUGCAUAG